CCUAUUUUUCUUGUUCCAAGUCCGUCCAUCGAUUAUUUAUUGUAUGUUAUUUUGAAGACUAAUUGUGUUUCGUUGCAAAAUAUUGACAGAAGCUGUGAUAACUACAGGAUGGACUCGAUGCCGCCUUUGGAAACGGUUUACCAGGCCAUCCACACCCUGUACAAUGAUGAUCCCAACCGUGGGGAAAAAGAAAAGGCUGAUCUAUGGCUGAGGGAGUUGCAAAAAUCCGUAUGGGCAUGGAAAAUUUCAGAUGAAAUGCUUCAACAAAAGAAGGAUAUGCAGUCAUGCUUUUUUGCAGCUCAAACUAUGAGAUCAAAAAUUCAGCACUGUUUCCAAGAACUUCCUGCAGAAUCUCAUAUUUCUCUCAGAGACUCACUAUUGAACCAUAUAUCACAAAUUAACAAAAAUACAAAUACACGGAUAGUGACUCAGCUGUCUGCUGCACUGGCCGAUUUGAUACUGCAAAUGGCAACUUGGGAACAUCCAAUUAGAGAUUUAUUUGAAAAAUUCGGUAAUGAUCCUGAAUAUCAAUGGACACUUUUAGAAAUUUUAACAGUUUUGCCUGAAGAAAUGGACCCUAGGUAUCUAAGACUAGGAGAAAACAGAAGAAAAGAAAUUAUUAAACAUUUCGAAUUUUACUGUGACAUAGUUUUACAAUAUUUAAUUGAAUGUCCAAAAAAGGAUCAAGAUGUUCUUACUUACAGUAAAAUCUUGAGGUGUUGUACAACCUGGCUAGAAAUUAAAGCAAUAUCAGUAACUGCUCCACUGUUCCCACACAUUAUAACCUUAGUAUUUGAAAUUUUGCAAAAUAACGGGACAGGAUCAGAUUUACAUAAAGAUGCCGCUGAUUGCAUGAUCAAGACACUUCAAAUACUAGCAACUGAUACUUUAUUAAAGAGAGAUGUCAACACAGGAGAUCCAAUUUUACCAUUACAGCACUUACAACUUGAACUCUUUAAUAAAAUCGUGAACUUGGAGCAAUCUUAUCACAUGUCUGUUGCUCAUGAAGAUAUGAACAAAUCAAUAAAUUACUGCCACAUUUUUACUACAUUAUCAGACACGUUUUUAGAAACAAUUAUAAAUGGCAGCUUAAACGGAAGACAACAUUAUGCUAUCAAGGCUCUAGAUUUUGCGCUAAUGUGCGUAGGACAUUACGAUUAUGAGGUAGCACAUAUUACAUUUGAACUUUGGUACAAUCUUUCAGAAAUAAUAUACCAAAGAGAAAAUGAUGAACUUUCCAUUGUUUUCAAGCCAUACAUAGAAAGGCUCAUCAGUUCUCUUUGCAGACAUUGUCAAAUGGAACCAGAUUAUCUGGGUCUACUUGAAGAAGGUGAAGGAUUUGCAGAAUUUAGGAGGGCUGUUGACGAACUAAUUAGAGAUGUAGUUUUUAUUGUCGGAAGUAGUCAUUGUUUUAGACAAAUGUUUAAUACUUUGACUGCUGGGGCUCAAGGUGAGCCAGCCUGGGAAGUAACAGAAGCUGCGCUGUUCAUAAUGAAAGCAGUAGCUAAAAACAUAUUACCUGAAGAAAACGACGUUGUGCCAAAAGUUGUAGAAGCUAUCUUAAAUUUACCUGACAAUACACACAUAGCAGUCAAACACACCAGCAUUCUCUUAUUAGGUGAACUUUGCGAAUGGGUUCAAGUUCAUCCCCAAACUCUAGAGGCCAUACUAAAUUUUUUACUCAACUGCUUGACUCAAAAAGGAUUAGCAGGAGCGGCAUCAAAUGCUUUACAGAGUAUUUGUACAAUGUGUUCAAAUCAUAUGGUGUCACAUUUUCCCGGAUUAUUACUAAUAGCUAAAUCUAUAAAUACUUUUGAAAUUAGUAAUCGUGCAGCUACUAGUAUCCUUCAAGGUGUUCUUAGAAUUUUAAAUGCACUGCCUUGUGCCGAAAUUGUCAAGUACAUGAAGGAACUUUGCUGGUUCCAAGCUAAACCAUUGAGUGAAUUAUUAGAAUACAGAAUAACUGUGAAAAAAAGCACUAAAACAGAUCCAGUUAUAUGGCUCGAUAGGCUAGCUGCAAUUUUCAGGAAUACAAAUCCAAUACUUGAUGAAAAUGUGCAUCCUUGUACAGAAGCUGCAGGUGAAAUUUGGCCUGUUUUAUCCAAUACCUUUUCUCUUCACCAGCACGACAUACGAAUUAUGGAAAGGUGUUGUCGAUGCACAAGAUUUAUGAUUCGAUGUCUUGGACAAUAUUCUGCAUUUCUUUUGGACAGCUUAGUGAAACAGAUUAUUGAAUUGUACACAAUACAUCAACACAGCUGCUAUUUGUAUUUAGGUUCUAUAUUAGUUGAUGAAUUUGGUUUAGACAUAGAUUAUGUUUCUGGCUUACUGGGAAUGUUGGAAGCAUUUAUCAAUCCAGCAUUUACAUUACUCCAACAAACAGAUGGUCUUGUCAAUCAUCCUGACACAGUCGAUGAUUUAUUCCGACUUUGUACCAGAUUUCUUCAAACUUCUCCUGUACCUUUCUUACAUGCCUCUAUGAUAAACAACAUAUUAGACUGUGCGUUAUUGGCUUGUAGUGUAGAUCAUAAAGAAGCAAAUGCUUCAGUCAUGAAAUUCUUUUCUGACCUGAUUCGUUGUGGAAGUUGUUAUGAAAAUAGAUCAGACUUUACAAUAAGGCGGCAAUUGAUUGAAAACAUUUUACGCGAAAAAGGGCAGACUCUGGUUACAACACUUAUUCACGCUGCCGUUUUUUCAUUAUCUUCUUCUGCUUUACAAGAUAUUGCUAAUAUUAUUGUCGAAUUAAGUCUAGCCAGUAAAGAGCAUAUGUCUGCCUGGUUACAUCAAGCCAUUACCCAAAUGCCUACUCAAAAUGCAGGUGGUAGUCAAACAGCUAAACCAGAACAGCUUAUGGAAUUUUACAAUGCUGUCACGACAGCAGACAGUUCAAGGAUAGUGGAACGUGCAUUAAAGAAAUUUACACGCCUGUAUCAUUGAAUCAUAAGAAAGUCAAAGAAUAUUUUUAUAUCAACUAUUUUCGACGUGCAGUAAGAUAGAUGUGAGGUGGAAUUGAAAUAUCAUCUCGUAGACAACAAAAUUUAUUUUAAAGAAAAUAUAGACGAUUUUCCAAUUUUAUUCAAUUAAGGGAAUCAUGAAUCCCUUGUACCUUGGUUUUAUUUUUUACUGUUCAAUGUGAUAAUUUAAAACAAAUCUGUACAAUGAAGAGUAGUGUAUUUUAUAUUUAUAAAGAAUAUGUGAUGUCAGAUCACAAUGCGUGUAUUAUAUAAACGUAAAAAAGUAUACAAACAAUUGUUUGUCAGUGUACAUUAAUACUGUAAUUGUUAGCAUAUAUUGAUUGAAUAUGCUAUCGUCAAGUUACUGAUGAUAAAUGUUUCAAUUUUUUUUCUUGUAAAUCAUGAACAAACAAAUCAAUUUUUAUAAUCGUUUAUAUGUUGCAAAUAAUGUCUUUAUAGUCCUUUUGGAAACUCGCUCUUAAGGGUAAAUGUUGUGUAUUGUAAAU